CCCCAAGCUUCGCUCGCUCUCUCUCCGUCUCGGUGCACUUUUUCCACUCCUUAAAAAGUGCUCACGGGGCUGUCAUUCCUUUGCAACAAACAAUACACGGCUGGAUCUCGUAACCCCCCUGCAACACCAUCAUCUCUGCAGUUGACCUGCACUAAAGCUAACAAGGACGUUACACUUGAUUCAUCCAGUUUGAUUUGGGUGAAUUCCAAGGUUGCUGUUCCGCUGUCAUCAAACAACAAGUUAGUCGCUCGGGUUACUUCCUGGAGAAGUGUUCGAUCGACCAGACAGUUGACCUGUACAAGCCUAUCGACUACGCGUGAACCCUCCGCAAGUGCAAUUACCAACCGUCCGUCAUGAAGUAUUCGAUGAUUCUGGGCGCCGCCCUGUGCGCCCUUGGUGCUAUGGCCGAGGUGGAGCCUUCCUACGUGACUGAGUGGACGACGACCACUGUGACCGACUGGACUAUCGUGACCAUCACCAAGACCAUCACUGUUACUCCUACAUCGGCCGCGACGUCGACUACGACCUCGGUGCCCGAGCCUACUUCAGUUCCUGCGACUCAGGCCAAGGUUCAGGAUACCGCUCCUGCGGCCGCCGCGGAGACGGAGGCUGCUGUUGAGAGCGUGUCGACUGCCGCCCCGUCAAGCACCGUUGAGUCUACCAGUACCGUGAUCGCCGAGCAGCCUGAAGCCACCACCUGGUCCUCGGCCUGGUCCAGCACCUGGUCCACCACCCAGGCGGCUACCACUGAGACUGCCGCCCAGUCGACCGCUACCGCUUCGUCCACCCAGACUGCUGCCAAUGCCUACCAGUCCAACGUCCUUUACAGCCACAACGUCCACCGUGCCAACCACUCUUCUCCCGAUGUUGCCUGGUCCUCUGACCUCGAGUCAAGCGCCCAGGUUCUCGCCUCCCGUUGCGUUUAUGAGCACGACACGAGCAUUAACGGUGGCGGAUACGGCCAGAACAUUGGCUACGGUACCUCUGCUGAUGAAGUUGCUGUCAUGAUCUCCAACUUGAUGUAUAACGAUGAAAUGGGUUACUUCGAGAACCUCUACGGACAAGCCACCCCAGACAUGACCCUGUUCGAGAAAUGGGGCCACUUCUCUCAGAUCGUCUGGAAGGGAACCACCGAGGUCGGAUGCGCCACUGUCGACUGCCCUAGCCUUGGCAACGUCGAUUCCGCCUCGUCUGUCCCCUUCACUGUUUGCAACUACAGCCCUGCAGGAAACUACGACGGUGAAUACGCCGACAAUGUCCUGAAGCCCCUCGGUAACCCCGUGUGGUCUGCGUCAUAAAUCUGGAGCUAUAUGCACUCACUUUUGACGGGGUACUGCUUGUGCCUCGCUAUAUGGCAGUAGACUAGAUGGCACUAUCGCACUUAGGUUUAGUGAUUAGUCGGUACCGCUUGAGCCGACUCGACUUUUCGUCUGUAGCUGGUGCUCCUUGCAUACCUAUCGUCGUGAGUACUGA